AUGGUGUUGAAAUCUACUUCCGCAGGGAAUGUCUCUGUAUAUCAAGUGUCGGGUAGUAAUGUAUCUCGUUCAUUACCUGAUUGGAUUGCAAAAAAGAGAAAGAGGGCUUUAAAAAACGAUAUAGAGUACCAAAAUCGUAUUGAAUUGAUUCAAGAUUUUGAAUUUAGUGAAGCUUCUAAUAAAAUUAGAGUCUCACCAGAUGGUCAAUAUGCAAUGGCUACUGGUACCUAUAAACCACAAAUACAUGUUUAUGAUUUUGCUAAUUUGUCGUUAAAGUUUGAUAGACAUACCGAUUGUGAAAAUAUUGAUUUUCUUGUUUUAUCCAACGAUUGGACAAAGUCGAUUCAUUUACAAAAUGACAGAUCUAUUGAGUUUCACACAAAGGGUGGUAUUCACUAUAGAUCAAGAAUUCCAAAGUUUGGAAGAAGUAUGGCUUAUAAUGCAUCUAAUUGUGACUUAUUGGUUGGUGCAUCAGGCAACGAAUUAUACAGAUUAAAUUUGGAUAAGGGUCGUUUCUUGAACCCUUAUGUUUUGGAUACCACGGGAGGUGUUAACUCUGUUGACAUUAACCCAGUCCACGGAUUAGUCACAGCUGGUUUAGAAGAUGGAACGGUUGAAUUUUGGGAUCCUAGAAGUAGACAAAGAGCAGCAAAAUUGUUCGUCGGCGAUCAGUUAAAUGAAAAAGUUGAGAUCACUGCAACCUCGUUCCGUAACGAUGGUUUAAAUUUUGCUUGUGGUACAUCUAAUGGUAAAUCAUUAAUUUACGAUUUAAGAACUUCAACACCUUCCAUAAUAAAGGAUCAAGGAUAUGGCUAUGGUAUUAAAAAGAUAAUAUGGUUAGACGAAAACUCAUCAGAUUCCGAUAAAAUCUUGACGACAGAUAAGAGAAUUGCCAAAAUUUGGGAUAGAAACGACGGUAAGCCUUUUGCCUCGAUGGAACCAAGUGUAGAUAUAAAUGACAUCGAGUAUAUUAAAAACUCAGGUAUGUUUUUCAUGGCUAACGAAGGAAUACCAAUGCACACGUACUAUAUUCCAAACUUAGGGCCAGCACCAAGAUGGUGUUCAUUCUUGGAUAAUGUUACUGAAGAAUUAGAAGAAAAGCCUGCAGAUUCCGUCUAUUCAAACUAUAGAUUCAUUACUAGAGAUCAAGUCACCAAGUUAAAUAUUGCACAUUUAAUCGGUUCAAAAGUAUUACGUUCUUAUAUGCAUGGUUUUUUCAUUGAUACCGAGUUAUAUGAUAAGGUUAACUUGAUUGCUAAUCCUAACUCGUACCAAGACCAAAGAGAAAGAGAAAUCAGAAAAAGAAUUGAAAAGGAAAGAGAAUCCAGAAUCAGAUCCACUGGAGCCAUUACUAAUACUAAGAUUAAAGUCAACAAAGAUUUGGCGUCCAAAUUACAAGACAAGAAAGGUUCCACCGAUGCCGAGACUGUUAUUAAUGAUGAUCGUUUCAAGGAAAUGUUCGAAAAUCCAGAGUUUGCUAUUGAUGAACAAUCUCACGAAUAUAAGCAACUUAAUCCUGUUAAAUCUACAAAGGAUGUUUCAGCGCCUGCUUUGACUGCUGCUGAAGAAUCUGAUGAGGAAAGAUUAAACCUUAACAAUGGCGUAAGUGACCACGAAUCCAAUUCGGAUGAUUCUGAUUCUGAAUCGGAAUCUGAAGAUGAAGAAACCAGGAAAUUACACAAUCAAAGAGUUCAGAAGGAAAUGGAAAAAUUACGUCGUAAGAAAGAAGCACAAGAAGAAUCUAACCGUUUCAUGAAUAAGAUGAAGGUUAUGACCGAAGAUAACACUAAACAAAAAGGUGUUGAAUCUUUUGGUUCUCAAUUGCUGAAAAAUAACAAAAUCCAAAAGCCGAAGACUUUUAACAACGACUCAAGAUUACGUCGUCAUGCUAGAGGAGAAGCUGAACUUACGUUCGUCCCCCACAAGCUGGAGAAGAAGCCUAAGGUUAGGUUUGAAUCUGACAACUCAGAAGAUCCUGAAAGCACUAAAAAUUCUGGAAGAACAAAGCAAAGAUUUGAUGGUCGUAGAAGAGCCUCUAAAAAUGCUUUCCGUGGUAUGUAG